AUGGCGGUUAAGUUUCAGAGAAGUCUCUUAUUCCUUGCUCUAUUCAACGCUAGCUGGAGCAGUUUUGCCAAGGGAUUCAGGCGUUCUCAAAGAAAUGUAUUCCCCUACCACACUGAAGAAUCUUCUGACACAGGCAAUGUUUUCCAAUCCGAGGCCAGUGAGAAAUCCUCAGACGAAGAACAGGUGCUUGCGGCAAUUGCGAGGGCCGAAGAUUCUGGAAACGAUAUAAGUGGCUGUUAUUCGCGAACGUAUCACCAAUCAUUUGAUUUGUCCGACGACAAUGCAUUCUCAAGUCUGAUGGAUCAGGGGGUUGACAAGCCAUUAUCUAUAAGAGCAAACAAACGUAAACGAGAACUUGGAAUUACUGAUGCUGUUGAAUCCAAGUCAUCUUCUCUGACGAAAGCCCCUUUAUCGAAAACUUCUCUGCUUCUUGGAGCCCAGAUGAAACAACAGCCAAUAGGAACAAAUCGGUCCUCAUCCUCCGGCCCUCAUUCCGAAAGAUGGCAGCCGCGAACAUCGCAAUCUACUUCGAUACGAAUCGGAAACAAUGUUAAAAAACAAUCAGCUAUUCCAACACAGCAGUUGAAGGGAAGUAUCAGUGAUGCAGCGAAGAGCCAGAAAUCAUCUUCGACAACAACUCCAUGGAUCAGACGUUACUUGAUCAGUAGGCCUCGAGAUGUUCUAUUGCCAGUUCCCAAGGAUUUCAUCGCCGACGGCUUUAACGUCGCUCGGUUAGGUCCAAUCGUUGAAAGGAUUGGAUUUCAAGUUGCAGGUGACGACGCAGUUGCAAUUGCUAAAGAGCUGAUGCAGGUAUCUACUCGCUCCUAUCCAAUAUAUAGGCUUGCGUUACAGCUAAUCUUGAAUGAAACUGAUGACAAUUCUGUAGUGCAACAUUCUAUUGUUCCUCCGCAAGUUCUUCACGUGGCGGCUGAGGCCUUGUACCUCAUGGUCCAUUCACGAUUCUGUCAAAGUGCACGUGGGCUUGACAGCUUGAAGAGGAUAGUUCGUGUGGCGAUGUUUGGAAGGUGCCCAAGAGCAUCUUGUGAUGGCGCACCUCUUCUCCCAUAUGGAGCGUCAAAUGACUUCCAAAAGAAUCAUCUUGAUCAACACUGUCCCGUCCAAACACAUCAUUCUAUUCGUCGUCAAAGCCACAUCCAAACUUCGGGAGUACUCAGAAAUUCGUUCUGCCAGCGGUUUUGUCCAAAAUGUGGAGAGGUGUGGAUCUGGUGGGAUUCGAAGACAGAUGGCUGUGCGUUCGGCCCGAGCUUGUGUCAUCUAUUUCUACUCACCCAUGGUGCUGAUAUCUACCCAGUGGGCAAACUUUCGAGCAAAGAUGCUGCUGACUCAUCACGGGCACCCUUUUGCGUGAUGGGAUUUCGAAUUCAUCCGGCAACAACGUGGGGGGGGGGCAAUCUCAAGAAUGGAUGA